CCACACCUCACCAUCUGGAUCUCCCGGCAUCGUCCUUCUGUCAAACCGCACAUAUACACAUACUUCUCUCUUGGUCCUGAACUUAGGCCCGUCCUGAAAGCUGGGUUCCAGCAGGAACGACGGGAAUGAACACGGGUGGUUCACGGGCACCUGGGUAUGCUGUCACGACUACCGUUGGGAACGGUCCAGGAGAUAUGGGAGGAUCAAGGAUGGCUGGGGUCCCGUUGGCCCAAGGAAGGGGAGCCGAACAGGACCAACAGCGAUUACAGGGCUAUGACGAGUGGUUCGGAGCGGGAUCAAUGAGCUUAGAUGUGAAGGUGGAGGAGGAGACUGUCGCACCUGGAGCUCCAUCCACCUCGAGAUCGUUCGGCGGUUGCGUGACUUGCCGAAAGAGCAAGGUCAAGUGUGGGGAAGAGAAACCUAGCUGUUCCCGUUGCGUUCGAAGGGCUACUCAAUGCUCAUAUAUGGCUCGACCCGUACAUCCGUCAGGAAGAGUACGGAGACAUCAUUCGAGAUCCACAGCUGGAUGCUCUACUUGUCGUACACGGCGAGUCAAAUGUGACGAACAGCGGCCGAUCUGCGGACCUUGUGUGAGGAGGAGAUGUCCGUGCGGGUUUAGCGAUGAACAGAGGGAAAGAACGGUAUCGAAUGCGAAGGUCGAGAUGAAUCAGCCUGAGGCAAAAGGAGCGAGGAAGAUAGAGGGAGAAUCAACGAGGACGAGAUCACCUCCGAGAUCUUUACCAGUGACAACCGGAGUUGGGAUGGUAUCUGUUCAGCAACGGUCUCCAGCAUCAUCGUCUUCGGUCAGACGGCCGACAUUGCGUCACAGUAAGGAAUUCUCGGGAGAGUUCGUUCCCAUCAUCAACGAACCGGCGGUUAUAGUCCAGCCUCCUGUGCGACCAUACGAAGAUCCAUACGGCUUGUCCCGAGAUAGGAUGCCAGUAUCAUCCCUCGAAACGAUCCAGCCGCCAUCGGGAUUCUUACCGGUCAACCCCGGGCUUAUCCCUGGCGGCUGGAUGCACCCUUAUUCUACCCCGACGACAGCUUCGACGUCUUCGACAUUCGUGACUCCACCGGACGAUCUAAACACGUAUUUCCCCGCAGGACCGCUGCAGGUGCAGCAUGAUUCCAAGCUAGGAGGACCUCAGACGCAAGCACAGGAGCAGCAGCAAUUUCCCGCAUCUGAAAAGGCCUGCCCAAAGUUACCGAAUAGGCACUUUCUGGGCAAGGUCUUACCUUCAGAUAUCGAUCCACCAGGGUUGCAGGGACACCCUGUCCAGUGGGGCCCGAUUCCUGAACAACAGCCCGGGCCUGCGAUUGGUGGAGCGAAAUUGGCCGAACAGUUCGGCAUGCCAGGACUUACGACUAAGGGUACUUGGACAAAUUAUCUGGAAGACGUCGUCACACCAAGCGAGAGGAUGAGAAACCGGAUGACCGAGAACAAUGCCCGCGGGACUCGAACUUUGGCCACGAGACCGAUUGAGCAUCACUGGCAGCCUAACUUUGCUGUCGCGCUGAAUCAAGAAGAAAGGUAUCCAUCAAUGCACCGCACUGAAUUUCCCCAGGACAUUCCUGACGAAGACGUCAAGAUGAUUGAGACGGUUCCGCGAUCAUAUAAAGAGCUGGCUAUACCAUAUCCCAAUACCGCCUCUGUGACUCACAACGGACAAGUAAUACAAGGUCGUUGGGAGCGGGAUCAAGAGGGACGCAUACGGCCGAUCGUGGUGGAAAGCAAAGUAGACAGCAUUGCUGUUAUUCCUCAUCCGGCCGUAGCGAUCAACUCGUACCCUCCGGCAUUUACAAAACUGCUCGAAUUGAACCCCACGUUCUUGGGUAAUUCGACAUUGCCUCGAAUGUUACAGCAAGCUCAGGGAGAGGUCAUGAUCGUGAAAGAGCUCGACCCUCUCAGCGUCUAUUUCCCGAUCGACAGGGAUCGAAUCAUUUACCGACACUUCAUCACCGAAACCGCGGACACGUUGAUUGCCAUGGGCAACAGGAAAGAACUGAACCCUUGGAGUCGACAUUUCGCCAAACUCGCCUUGGGCGUUCCUCCUGGCAUGUGUGCGGCGCAAGACGCUUUCCGCCAGGCGCUCCUCUCCUUGUCCGCAUACGAUCUGGGAUAUCGUAUCACUAUCUCGUCAGGCAUGUCUAGGGAGCAAGUCCACCUCAACCCGAUCGUCAAGCUCAGCGAGGGUUUCCGGCAAGAAGCCAAGACCCUCCUGGAUUCACUAGUCAAUAUCGUGCCAGGACCCUUUGGAGGUUCCACCGAUGAUCUCGCUUUAGCGGCCUGUCUCGCCAUGUCUCAUCGCGAUCGCAUAGCUGCCUGUCGAGACUGGAUGUAUUCCCUUGAAUACGCUGCCGAUCUGAUCAACAAGCUAGGCGGGGCUAUGACCUUUCUGCGACUGUCUCACACCAUGAUCAGGAGGUUCUUGAUGGAGCAGAUGACUUGCGUGGAUGUCUUCGCAUCUUGGUUCACCAUUGAUGCACCAUUGAUUCUUGAACCACACGCGGAAUGGUGGGCAGAGCCAUACAGUCCUACAGCACCCCGUUCAUUGACUGAACACGUUGAGGUGGUCUUUGGGCUAGACAAGCCGAUGAUCGACUACCUCGGCCGAGUCUUGACGACUAUUGCGAUCGGUCGACAUGCGGCCAUGCGUAAGGCGGGGGUACCUUCCGUCCGGAUGGCCAAGUAUUCGGACCAAGAGGUGGAAGACGGAUGGCAAACGUAUCACAGGGAUUGCAAAGCGUUGCUUGCGGAAGCCGACCAGAUCGGGUUGGAGACGAAAUCGAGACCGUAUUCUGCGCGGAUCGCCGCUGGGAGGAUCAUGUGGAUAGGAGCAGCCGUCAUCUUCCUCUCGCACAAUGCACAAAACACCAAGACCAGCGUCUCGCGGGUUCACCAAAGCGUCAAUCUCAUCUUUGAGACGGUCAUUGAAGCCCUCGGCCGAGGGAUGGUCACAUACCUUGGUCUACCUUUCUGUUUUGCGGCUUACAAUGCCAAGGGCGAGGACCGCAAGACGGUGGAAAGGAUCUUAGAAAUGUUCGAACCUUACGGACGUAUGGAUUGGUCCACCUUGAACCGUUACAUUCGAUUUGUGUGGGACCUCUUGGACGCACCUCAACAGGUGGUCCAGUUGCGGAACUGGAGGCAACUGUAUGACGAUGCCGACCAAUUCUUGUCGUACAUCUGACAACGACGGAAGGGCGAUGGACCCUUGUCCUAAAGUCGGUUUUGUAAUGAUCAUGAUGACGCAUGCGACAUGAAACACGAGACGGGCGAGCGAGCCCCUGGUACGCGGUCUCUCGCGAAGAGUUUCGCCGAAACUUUGACCGAGUCUCAUCGAAUCGGUGGUGCAAAGAUGAAACGGCGCGACAGGCAGGCAGGCAGGCGAGGUGACACGCGCGAAUCUUUUUCCUCCGGUUGAUCCGAGCCGGUGAGUCAGCUAUCGAUGGAUGAUCGACAUGUCUACAGGAACGCUAGUACAUUGUAUGGGGAAGUAUAGACGUCUAGAUCUAGAGGGGUCGACGUCGCUCGCGACGCGUGAGAAACACCGGGAUUUGAAC